UCAUCCUGCACCAUCAAAGGUGUCUACCCAUCAGACAGUGGAGUGUACUGGUGUGAGUCUGACAGCAGGGAGUGCAGCAACACCAUCAACAUCAGAGUGACAACUGGUGUGAUCCUGCAGGGUCCUGCUGUUCCUCUGACUGAGGGAGACAGUGUGACACUAAACUGCUCCUAUAAGGAAAAAUAUGCAAAGGAGUCUACGUCCAAUUUCAGUACUGCUUUCUACAGAAAUGGUACUUUUAUUGAAAAAACGUCUGACGGAAGGUUGAGCUUUAUCCAUGUGUCCAAGGAGAACGAAGGCUCCUACAAGUGUGUUCAUCCCACAAAAGGAGAGUCACCAGAGAUUUGGCUGGAAGUGAGAGGUGAUGAUGAUGAGAAUAAUAUCCCCGUGACCACCCCUGAUCCUGAUCCUACUCCUCCGAUCGCUCUGCCCAAACUUUUGAGCACCAUCCUGCUGUUCAUCCUCUACACCUGUAUACUCAUACUGGCUGUGUACACCUACAGAAAGUGGGCUCAAGGCCUGGACAUCUUCACUGGUCCUGCUGUUCCUCUGACUGAGGGAGACAGUGUGACACUAAACUGCUCCUAUAAGGAAAAAUAUGCAAAGGAGUCUACGUCCAAUUUCAGUGCUGCUUUCUACAGAAAUGGUGCUUUUAUUGGAAAUAGGUCUGAAGGAAGGUUGAGCUUUAUUCAUGUGUCCAAGGAGAACGAAGGCUCCUACAAGUGUGAACAUCCCACAAAAGGAGAGUCACCAGAGAUUUGGCUGGAGCCUCCUCCAGUUGGACAGUAG